GCUGUCAGCUCAGCACAGCAGCUGUGCAAUGGAUACAGUGAAUUGUGCGCAAAACCAUACGACUCCCUCACCUACGUCUUGACACACAAUUCAUAUGCUUUCUCAGCCAAUCCAGCUGCAAACCAACUUUGUGGUAUCAAUGAUCAAUUGGCUGACGGUGUCAGAGGUCUCAAACUGUCAGCUGUGAAACCCGUCAACUCUACUAGUAAUGAUGCCGCUGAUGCCAUUCGUCUCUGCCAUACCUCAUGCUCCAUUCUCGAUGCCGGCAAUGCAAAGGACACUCUUACGUCUAUUACUGCUUGGGUCAAAGAGAACCCUAACGAAGUCCUGACUAUUAUGUGGAAUAACCUUGGUGACUUUGGAACCAGCGAUUUCAACGCGCUCUAUGAGGCCAGUGGUAUCAUUGAAUACUCGCAUGUCCAGGCAUAUGGAAACCUUACCUGGCCAACACUGGAAGAACUUAUUUCUUCUGGAAAGCGUGUUAUUAACUUCUUGGAUUUGGGCGCUGACCAAAACAUCUUACCUUGGAUCAUGCCUCAGUUUAACUAUGUGUUCGAGACUCCUUACAACAACAGCAAUGAGACUUCGUUUAGCUGUGUGAUCGAUCGUCCUUCAGACCCCGAGCAGCCAGAAGAAAUGAUGUAUGUAAUGAACCAUUUCUUGUACGGCUCCCUGGUCAUCGAAAUCCCUCAAAAAGGAAGCGCAAACGUCACCAAUGCCGCUUCGUUACUGAAACAAUCCAAGACAUGCACGACCACAUUCGGCCGUCAGCCGAACUUUUUGGAGGUCGACUUUUACAACAAGGGAACCACUCUCCAGAUUGCCGCCGAAUUGAACAAUGUUACUUAUACUGGAGGCACU